GGCGGCCUGUCGCCCGAGCGGAGCGCCUGCGCCGAGCGGGACGGUAGCGGAGCGGAGCCGGAGCGUGGCCGGAGCCGAGCGGAGCGCAGCCCCAGCGCGCGGCGGAGACGCUGACCCCGCCCGGCCCCGCGCCGCCGCGGCAGGCCCGGCAUGGAGGAGGAGUGCCGGGUGCUCUCCAUUCAGAGCCACGUCGUCCGCGGCUACGUGGGCAACCGGGCGGCCACGUUCCCGCUGCAGGUUUUGGGGUUUGAGGUCGACGCAGUGAACUCUGUCCAGUUUUCAAACCACACAGGCUACUCGCACUGGAAGGGCCAAGUGCUGAACUCAGAUGAGCUCCACGAGCUGUACGACGGGCUGAAGCUGAACGACGUGAACAAGUAUGACUACGUGCUCACGGGUUACACGCGAGACAAGUCCUUCCUGGCCAUGGUGGUGGACAUCGUGCAGGAGCUGAAGCAGCAGAACUCCAGGCUCGUGUACGUGUGCGACCCCGUGAUGGGAGACAAGUGGAACGGAGAAGGCUCCAUGUAUGUCCCCGAGGACCUCCUUCCGGUUUACAGAGAGAAGGUCGUGCCAGUUGCAGACAUCAUCACCCCCAACCAGUUUGAGGCUGAGUUGCUGAGCGGGAGAAAGAUCCACAGCCAGGAAGAAGCCUUAGCGGUGAUGGACGUGCUGCACUCGAUGGGCCCCGACACGGUGGUCAUCACCAGCUCGGACCUGCCGUCCCCGAGGGGCAGCGGCUACUUGAUCGCGCUGGGGAGCCAGAGGACUCGGACCCCCGACGGCUCCGUGGUGACACAGCGCAUCCGCAUGGAGAUGCGCAAGGUGGACGCAGUCUUCGUGGGCACCGGGGACCUCUUUGCCGCCAUGCUGUUGGCGUGGACGCACAAGCACCCCAACAAUCUCAAGGUGGCCUGUGAGAAGACCGUGUCGGCCAUGCACCAUGUUCUGCAGCGGACCAUCAAGUGUGCAAAAGUUGCAAAACUGGACCGACUGGAGGACCGAGGCACUGACUCAGGCCAGUCGAUGCCGACCCAGUUCUUCCCUAAUUGAGCUCAGAUUUUGGAGGCUUCUCGGGGGAAGUGAUGCAGCCUUGGGACACACCUCGAUCCCGGCUGCAAGUUGGCGGGGGGCGGGGGGGUCUCUGUGUUUCUGGCAGUGGUUUCACUAGCCUCGUCCUCUACCAGCCCCACCUGUGUGCGUGUGGAUGCGUUUUAAACGUAAAACUCGUUCCAGUGCUGUAGAGGCCGUGUCUGUCUGUACUGGUCUUACUGACUUAUGAUUAUCGCAAAUAAAUAUUUUC